AUGGCGACCUCGGCUCCACCGUCGAUUCUGAUGCCAGCGCUGCCCUCCGACUGUCCGUCUCUGCAAGGAGAUUCUCGCCACUUCAUCAGUCGACGCGAGUUUGAAGUUUGGAGUCGCACUCAUCCCUCCGUACGACCUCAAACGGUACCGACGGCGUCGACGUCGACAUCGUCAAGCGCCCCGGCGACGAUGGCCUCAACCGCUUCGGCAACAACCAACACCUCUUCCAGUGCUCGACCUAAUGGCAUAGGGACUGAUACCCCCGGUUAUAGGUGAGCUGACAUGUCCUCGUGACCUAGUUCCCCCUGUGCUCCUCAACCCGGAUGGUGUCGGGCGCUUCCGUCAACUCCGCUAUCGCCCACUCGUGUCUACGACGACUAGGCUUCGAGUCUUCGGACCCACAACUGCCUCCGCAGCAUGCCACUGUUACUGCAGGACAGGAUUUCAACGAUCAGGGUGUACCACGUGGUGUGGCCGCCGUACCUGAUGCGGGUAUGCUCCGCUGCCGACGUCUUCCGUUUGCGGGCGGCGCAUGCUCGGAGCGCUUCGCCCGCGCCUCUCCGAUGAUUGCGGGGCCACGGUCGGUGAUCCGCGCGCUUUCGCGUUCGGGGUCUUAUCACCAACUCACCGAGCGCGACGGAGAACGGCCAUGGCCACGGAUCUCGAAUGAACUUGUCGAACCAUCAGUCGGGCUUCAUCAAUACAUUCGAUUCGAGACCGCAUGUGGAAGUUUUAGGACGCUGACUCUUGCCAUCCGCUGGCUUGCCUCCCCGCCCCCUGUCUUUCGGCGAGCAGAGCGCCCCAGCACCCGGUGUCGCACUUGCUUCAAUCGAUCCCACCCCGCGCCCCUUCGCGAUCCUCGAGAUCUAACAUCCUCUCCUAUACCGUUCACCUCGCAACUUCGUCCCGAUUGGAGGCAUACACAUUACCCAAUGGCGCCCGCGCUUUGCUGCACCGAGCCGAGGACGUCUCGGACGAGGACCACAUCGACCUCGAUGACUCCUGGCUCGAUGCCGAGCAAAAGUCGCAGGGCCUGUGGAAACUCGGCGUCAGUCUCUUGCGUGCCAACCGUCGGGAAGGCGAUCUUCCAGCCUCGGUGGCCCGACGGGUCGAGCUUGCUGGCUUGACCGAGGAGCUCCUGUCGAACCCAACGCCGGAAGGAUCGGUGUGCAAAAUCACGUCACAUGACGUGGUCGCCAGUGAGGCCGUUCCGGGUAUCAAGGCACUUCAAGUGUUGACCAGUCCGGAUACGACGACGUUGUACCAUUCGACCUCGGCCCAUGCCGUCGACUUGUCGAGGCCCAAGAACACUUCGAUCGCGCAAUCGCUCAUCAACAUGAAGUUCGCCAAAGAAGAGGAAGGAUGCACUGUUUCAACAAGUGCCACCUCUCUUUCGGCCGCUGCUGAAGCGGAAGACAAGCCGACAUACCUUGACAAAGACUCGCCCGCACGAUCUGUCUUCAGCACCCAGGGUGCCGGCUCGACUUCGCGAGGCAGCGACUUGACGGCGGCGCCCCAUAUGGAUUACCGCAUCGUGCGCGGGCAGGCCAUGCGUUCCCGUGCCAAAGACAUUUUUGGCUCGUCCAUCCUGCCUUCGACGUCAACGACGUGGUGCCGCCGCCAUCGAGUGGGUUCAUGCUCGGUCUGCCUCAUGGUCGCGUCGACUCGUCUGAACAAGCACCGCAAUGUGCCCGGCCAAGGCCUGGACGUAGGGGCCAACGGGGAAGGUGCGCCGGGCAAGCGACCCCUCGUCGACGUCAUCCCAAGAUUCCUUUCACUCUCCGCGCACCUGCUCAAGGACGCUCGAGACCGUGUGCUUCGUCAAGAAUCUGAUCGUAGCGAAGAGUUCGACUCGUACCUCGCCAAGAACGAUGCAACACAGGUCGCCGAGGUCGAGAUUGCCGUCACGGCCGCAUGGUUCUCGCUGCUCCACUCGUUCGUCAUCCAGGCCUGCCUUGAGGGCUACCUCGUCGAUGGAUGGACGGGCACGUCGGCGAUUGAGACCUUGUUCGGCUGCGGGUGUGGUGUUUGGGAGGGCCGAGGGUGGUCUGCUCGCGUGACGACCCAGUCGGCGACGACUAUCGUUCCGCGACCUCCUCGGAGCACAACGGCGAUGGAUGUCGAUCAAGGAGAUGACGCCGAUGAUGACAGUGACGACGAUGACGACGAUGACGAGGAGGCGCACCUAGAAGUCGAGCGCGAGAAGGAGAAGGGCAAGCUCGUCGAAGCGGCGCAAUUGCUCUUUGGCUCACGAGACGUUGCGCAAGCAGAUUUUGAACGAUCGAUGAGGGAUCGGAUACACGAGGUAUGCCCCCUUCGUCGACGAUUACAUAGACUCCGUGCGAAUCGGCCAGUUGAGCUGACUCGAUCUUUCUUGUGUAAUUUCCCGUGCAGUUCCUGAAUGUGCCCGAAGGACGCACACUCAAGUCUCACCUCACCAGUCUCAGCUCAAAGUACCGACUUUCCGAAUUCGAAAAUGACAUGUACGAGUUCCUCAAUGCGACCAUCCGAUUCUUGGGCAAGCCAUCGCUCGCAAAGGUCGGUCCAGCUACCCGAGCUCCGACGUCCCAUAGGGCCCAAACUGACGGAUUCAGAUCGCGUGUCCAUUCGCGCAUGCAGCAAUACGAACAAUCCCUCUCCAGCAAGCCCAUCAACGUAGCCGACAUGGCCCCUGACCCGUGGGCGUUGACUCCCUUCUUUGCCCGUGUCGAUUCUGUCGCGCCCAGUCCUGCCGUCGAGGACCUGGAGGCGAGCAAAGGCAAGAAGCGGAGGACGACUUAG